CUCUCACUCACUGUUGUUAUUUUUGUUUUAUCUUUUGUCGCAACCUGUGACCGUUCGAGUUAUCCGAGGCCACUCUUUAUUAUAUGGUCGUUGAUGAAAAUGGCUUCGACCCUUUUGACAAAGAUGCUUCUGGGUCAUCGCUUGAUUCACCCUUCUUCGUUCCUCACUCACCAGCCUAGGAUUCUCCCUUCUUUAUUCAGAAAACGGCUGUUUUGUAUACGAGCUGUCCCAGCCUACAGAACCCAAAACAUCAAAACAACUGGUUGGGCUCCUUGUAUGGCAUCUUCUACAGUUGGUAGAAGGGCUACAUAUUCAACACAAUCUGUAUCAACAAAUGAACCAGUUGUUUCUGUGGAUUGGCUUUAUGAUAACCUGAAGGAGCCAGAUAUCAAGGUGCUGGAUGCAUCGUGGUACAUGCCAGAUGAGCAGAGGAAUCCAAUUCAAGAAUAUCAGGUUGCUCAUAUUCCUGGGGCCCUGUUCUUUGAUGUAGAUGGAAUAGCAGAUCGAACUACAAAUUUACCACACAUGUUGCCAUCAGAGGAAGCUUUUGCUGCUGCUGUUUCUGCUCUUGGCCUACAGAACAAAGAUGAUUUGGUUGUCUAUGAUGGAAAAGGAUUAUUUAGUGCCGCUCGUGUAUGGUGGAUGUUCCGAGUGUUUGGGCAUGACAGAGUUUGGGUAUUAGAUGGUGGCCUGCCGAGAUGGCGUGCAUCUGGUUAUGAUGUUGAAUCUAGUGCUUCGGGUGAUGCUAUUCUUAAAGCCAGUGCUGCAAGUGAGGCAAUAGAGAAAGUGUACCAGGGACAAACAGUUGGUCCACUCACAUUUCAGACGAAAUUUCAGCCACAUCUUGUUUGGACCCUUGAUCAGGUAAAGAAAAAUAUAGAGGACAAAACUCACGAACACAUAGAUGCUCGAUCAAAGCCCAGGUUUGAUGGAGCUGCACCAGAGCCCCGAAAGGGAAUCAGAAGUGGUCAUGUACCUGGUAGCAAAUGCAUCCCUUUUGCCCAGUUGUUAGAUAGUUCACAGACAUUGUUACCAGCUGAUGAACUUAAGAAGCGGUUUGAUCAAGAAGGCAUCUCUUUGGAAAGCCCAGUUGUGACUUCGUGUGGAACUGGGGUUACUGCUUGCAUUCUUGCAUUGGGUCUUCAUCGUCUUGGAAAGUCUGAUGUUGCAGUUUAUGAUGGAUCAUGGACCGAAUGGGGAGCACAAUCUGAUACACCUGUUGAAGCUUCAUCCACUCAAUAGAGUCAAAUUUUAAUUUGCAAGUGAAGGGGCUGUCAAACAUUUUGAGCACACCUAUUUUUUCUCUACCUUUUUACCUUUUUCUUGUUUUGGUUUAAUUGUGAUUGAAUUGCAUGUCAAAUAUUAUUAAUAUUAAAUCCUAUCUUGUGGCUUAUAAAAAAUAAUGAUAGGAUUGUUCAAGAAUGCCUCAUAAAAGUGGGAUUUGUUGACACAAGGUACGUGUUUAGUAUAUGGAUAAAAAUUUAAUAAUUAUAAAAAUCAAAUCUAAUUAUAACUUUC